GCUCGGAGCGUUCGCGGCGCGGUGCUGUGCGGGACGGGGCAGCGAGCGGCGGGAGCCCAGCGCAGCGGCACCUCGGGGCUCCCCGGGAAGCCCCCCACCAUGGGAGCACACCCCGAAGCCGGCAAAUCCCCCGUCGACGUCCCCAAAAGAGCCGGCACCUGCUCGCGGGGUAUUUUCUGCAACAUCAAGGUGUUUGUGCUGUGCCAUGGGCUUCUCCAGCUCUCCCAGCUCCUCUACAGCGCCAACUUCAAGAGCAGCCUCACCACCAUUGAGAAGCGCUUUGGCCUCUCCAGCCUCUCCUCGGGUUUCAUCUCCAGCUUGCACGAGAUUGGCAACGUGGUUCUCAUCAUCUUCGUGAGCUACUUCGGCAGCCGGGUUCACCGCCCGCGCGUGAUCGGGGCCGGGGGGCUGCUGCUGGCGCUCGGCGCCUUCCUGGUGACCCUGCCCCACUUCCUCUCCCAGCCCUACGAGUACAGCACGCUCAGCACCGGUAACAAGAGCCAGGUCCAGGCUGAACUCUGCUAUGCAGAGAAUAAGUUUGUGUGCCCAAACACCACCCAGGAUCCGCAGAAGGAGGCCAGCAGCAUAUGGGCCAUGAUGGUCAUCGCCCAGCUGCUGGCUGGCAUCGGCACGGUUCCCAUCCAGCCCUUUGGGAUAUCCUAUGUGGACGACUUUGCAGAAGCAAACAACUCCCCUCUCUAUGUUGCCAUCCUCUUUGCCAUCGCUGUCUUUGGGCCUGCUUUUGGAUACCUGCUGGGCUCCGUGGUGCUGAGGCUCUUUGUGGACAUCGGAAGAGUUGACCUUGCUACAGUGGCGCUGACGCCCAGGGACCAGCGGUGGAUCGGAGCGUGGUGGCUGGGGCUGCUCAUCUCCUCGGGCUGCCUGGUGCUCACGUCCAUCCCUUAUUUCUUCUUCCCACGGUACAUGCUGAGAGGAGAGGACCCCAACGUGGCUGCUGGCAUGCUCAGGAAGAUGGAGAAGGGGGUGGCUGAGGAAACCUCCCUGCUGGAGUUUAUAAAAAGAUUCCCAAAGAUCUUCCUCAGGCUGCUCCUCAACCCACUCUUCAUCCUCCUGGUGCUGGCUCAGUGCAGCUUCUCCUCAGUCAUUGCGGGUCUGGCCACCUUCCUCAACAAGUUCCUGGAGAAGCAGUACGGUGCCUCCCCCUCCUACGCCAACUUUCUCAUAGGAGCUGUGAACCUGCCGGCGGCCGCGCUGGGGAUGCUGCUGGGAGGAAUCCUGAUGAAGCGCUUUGCCUUGUCCCUGCGGGCCAUCCCCCGCUUCGCCGUGCUGGUGCUCGUCUGCUCCAUCCUGCUCUGCCUGCCCAUCUUCUUCAUGGGCUGCUCCACGGGACGCAUCGAUGGCAUCUACCCCCACAGCACACUGAGUCCCCAGCAGCAGCUGAAGGCACCGAGCGGCUGCCGCUGCUCCCAGCACGUCUUUCACCCGGUGUGUGGGGAGAACAACGUGGAGUACGUCUCUCCCUGCUUCGCUGGCUGCACCAGCGCCACCACCAACUCCUCCUCUCCCAAGCAAGUGAUCUACAAGAACUGUUCCCUCAUCCCUGCUGGGAAUGGGCUGUCCUUCGCCAAGACGGGCUCCUGCUCGCUCAGCUGCUCCCACAUGCUCCUCCCUGCCAUCUUCCUCAUCUCCCUGGCUGCCCUGGUCGCCUGCCUGUGCCACAACCCCCUCUACAUGAUGGUGUUACGGGUGGUCAACCAGGAUGAGAAAUCCUUUGCCAUCGGGGUCCAGUUCUUGCUGAUGAGGCUGCUGGCCUGGCUGCCAGCUCCUGCCAUGUUCGGGGCCCUCAUCGACUCCUCCUGCAUCUUCUGGCAGACGCAGUGCACGCGCCGCCGCUUCUGCGCCUACUACAACAACGACUUCCUCCGCACCAGAUACCUGGGGCUGCAGGUGGGCUACAAGGUGAUGGGCACGGUGCUCCUGGCCCUCAUCGGCUGGAAGGUGAAGAGGAGCAAGGAGUACAACGUGCAGGAGAAGGCAGCGGGGCUGGUGUAGCCCAGCCCGGGGGCUGAGCCCAACCCUCCGUGUCCCAUUCGCCAGUACUUUUGUCCCCCCGCUGAGCUCCUCCUGCAGCCCCGGGGCUGGCACCAGCCCCCAGCAGCUGGAGCAGGAGGCAGAUGGAGGGGUGGGGGGCUGGAGAGCAGCCCCAUCCAUCCCACAGCCCCGGGCAGGAGCCCCCACCCCAGCCAGGGCAGGAGCAGGGACGGCUGUGCCAGCCCCGGGGGCUGCCCUGUGUGCCCCCUCCCCAUGCAGAGGGCAGCGAGGGCCCUGCACACGGUGUCUCACAGGGGUUUAGAGCUGAACAUUUGAGGCUUUGUUGCUCUUUUGAUUAUCUGAGGUGUUAUUUUUUAAAUAAAGGUCACUUUUCCAAG